GUAGUAUAUUAACAGUUGAACUUUGAGUAAACUAUUCAGUCUAUUUGGUAACUCGAAGUAAGUUGCUUCAGUUAUUGACAAUAUCUACGUCAGUUGUGCGAAAUUUUAGUUUAUUGCUGCAUAGAAAUGGCAUCGGUUGCGACGCUUAGCAAGGAUGUGCCUGACAUCGAAAAUCUUUUAAGUUUGAACCCGAGAAUAAAACCAUUCGCUAACUUUGUUCCCUCGACGCAUACCAAAGAAAAUAAGAAAAAGUGGAAGAGGAAUAUUAACGAAAGCUGCAGUAUAUGUCCAUCUUUGACGAAGAAUUUCGAUGACAUUAAGCAUACCACAUUAAGCGAGCGUAGUGCAUUAAAAGAAGCGGCGCGUUGUUUAAAAUGUGCGGAUGCUCCCUGUCAAAAGUCAUGCCCCACGCAAUUGGACAUUAAAUCCUUUAUAACUUCUAUUUCAAAUAAGAAUUAUUAUGGGGCAGCGAAAGCGAUUCUGUCCGAUAAUCCUCUCGGACUUACUUGCGGUAUGGUUUGUCCGACAAGUGAUUUAUGCGUGGGUGGCUGUAACUUGUAUGCAUCUGAAGAUGGACCCAUUAAUAUCGGUGGUCUUCAACAAUUCGCCACAGAUAUUUUCAAGCAAAUGAACAUACCCCAAACUAGAAUUCCUGGCCAAAGUGUUCCACAUUCUGAUACUAAAAUCGCUUUGCUUGGUUGUGGGCCAGCUUCUUUGUCUUGUGCAACAUUCCUUGCACGAUUGGGUUAUGAUGAUAUUACAAUAUUUGAGAAAGAAAAUUAUAUCGGUGGCUUAAGCUCGUCAGAGAUCCCGCAAUAUCGACUGCCGUACGACGUUGUUACGUUUGAGAUAGAUCUCGUGAAAGAUCUAGGAGUGAAGAUCGAACUUGGCAAAGCAUUAUCCGAGAAUGAUCUAACGAUACAGAGUCUCCAGAGUUCCGGAUAUAAAGCAAUCUUCUUGGGAAUUGGCCUUCCGGAAGCGAAGAAUAUUCCAAUUUUCUCAAACCUUACGGAAGAGAUGGGUUUUUUUACGUCGAAGAGUUUUUUACCAAAGGUAGCGAAAGCUAGCAAACCGGGAAUGUGCGCAUGUAAAAACAACGAACUGCCUUCUCUCCGUGGGAAUGUUGUUGUUCUCGGAGCUGGGGAUACAGCUUUCGAUUGUGCUACCUCUGCCCUUAGAUGCGGUGCGAAGAAAGUUUUCGUGGUAUUUAGAAAAGGAUUCACUAACAUUCGAGCAGUUCCUGAAGAAUUUGACCUAGCAAAAGAAGAAAAAUGCGAAUUCGUUCCUUUCCAAUCACCUAAGCAGGUAAUUACCCGAAAUGGAAAGAUAAUUGCAAUAGAAUUUUGUCGAACCGAGCAAGACGAGAAUGGUGAAUGGACAGAGGACGAGGAACAAAUUUGCCGAUUAAAAGCAAAUUUUAUUAUAUGUGCAUUUGGUUCAGGAUUGCAAGAUUUGAGUGUGACGCAAGCUAUGGCACCCAUUAAAAUGAAUAAGUGGAACUUACCGGAAGUAGACAUGGAAACCAUGAGUACCUCUGUUCCCGGUGUCUUCUGCGGUGGAGAUCUUGCUGGUGUUGCUCAUACUACCGUUGAAUCUGUAAAUGAUGGAAAAACAGCUGCUUGGUACAUUCAUAAAUAUAUUCAGAAUUCUUAUAAUUUGGAAGUACCCGAGGUUCCUCAGUUACCUAAAUUUCACACUCCGAUCGAUGAUGUUGAUAUAUCUGUCGAAAUGUGUGGUUUAAAAUUUGAAAAUCCUUUUGGACUCGCUUCUGCACCGCCGACCACCUGUAGUACCAUGAUUAGACGGGCUUUUGAGGCUGGAUGGGCUUUUGUUGUUACAAAAACGUUUUCUUUGAAUAAGGAUCUUGUCACAAAUGUGUCUCCACGAAUAAUUAAAGGCACAACUUCUCGUCAUCAUUACGGACCAGAACAAAGUAGUUUCUUGAAUAUUGAAUUAAUAUCUGAAAAGUCAGAAGCUUAUUGGUGUAACAGUAUCACAGAGUUGAAAAAUGAUUUUCCGUCUAAGAUUAUUAUUGCUAGUAUUAUGUGUACAUAUAAUAGAGAAGACUGGACAGAACUUGCUCAAAAAGCUGAAACAGCCGGUGCUGAUGCGUUAGAAUUAAAUUUAUCUUGCCCUCACGGAAUGGGAGAAUCUGGAAUGGGUUUAGCUUGUGGCCAAGAUCCUGAACUGGUAAGAAAUAUUUCAAGAUGGGUUCGGAAAGCCGUAAAAAUACCAUUCUUUGUGAAAUUAACGCCAAACAUCACUGACAUCGUUUCAAUAGCUAAAGCAGCUUACCAAGGAUAUGCUGAUGGAGUAUCUGCCAUAAAUACGGUUCAAAGUUUAAUGGGAUUACACGCAGAUGCAACGCCAUGGCCAGCCGUUGGCAUUAAGAAAGCUACAACUUAUGGGGGUAUGUCAGGAAAUGCAACUAGACCUCAAGCUUUAAGGGCAAUUUCGAACAUUUCGAAAACUCUUCCUGGAUUUCCAAUACUUGGAAUUGGUGGUAUUGAUUCAGCGGAUGUUGCUCUUCAAUUUUUACAUUGUGGCGCAUCUCUUCUGCAGGUUUGCAGCGCAGUACAGAAUCAAGAUUUUACUUUGAUUGAUGAUUACACGAUUGGUUUAAAAGCCUUACUAUAUUUGAAGAGUUUGGAACAAGUAAAAGAUUGGGACGGACAGAGUCCACCAACAUUUAAACAUCAAAAAGGAAAACCAGUUGUAUUACAACAUGCUCUUGGCAAAAACAUACCAUAUUUUGGAGAGUAUCAAAAACUCCGAGAACAAAAAAUGGCUGAGAUUAAAGCUAACUCGAAUCCGCUUGAUAGAAUUGUUGACAUAACGAGACCUACUUUGAAACCUAUUGGGCCUAUACCAACUAUAAAAGAUGUUAUUGGUAAAGCUUUAGAUUAUAUUGGCACGUAUAAGGACUUGAAUAACAAAGAACAAGUGGUAGCAUUGAUAGAUGACGAUAUGUGCAUAAACUGUGGGAAAUGUUAUAUGGCUUGUGCUGAUUCUGGUUAUCAAGCAAUUAAAUUUGAUUCUGAUACUCACAUUCCACUAGUGACAGAUGAUUGUACAGGUUGUACACUGUGUCUUUCAGUAUGUCCUAUUAUUGACUGCAUUACCAUGGUUCCUAAAACAAUACCUCAUAUUAUUAAAAGAGGAAUACCACCGAAAGGAGCGUUUCUUGAACAUCUCGAACUAUAAGAAGCACUUUAUUAGAUAAUAAUAAUAAUAAUAAUUUUUUUUUGUAAUAUAUAUCAUAUAUUUUACUUUUUAUUAUAUUUGACUAUUAAAAAAUUAUUUUA